AGGAAACGACAAAUAAGAGACUUGAGAAGCACCCUUAGAGUCAGUAUGAACCAAUCAGACGUCUCUUUCUCUCCCUUUGUCUCUCUUCCAGCACAAGCACUUCACAGAGGACAUUCAGACCAGACAGUACAGAGCUCUGGAGGUUCUGAUUGGAGCAGAGUACGGACCACCUGCUGACAUCUGGAGCACCGCCUGCAUGGCCUUUGAGUUGGCGACAGGAGAUUACCUCUUUGAACCUCAUUCAGGAGAAGAUUACACCAGAGACGAAGAUCACAUCGCUCACGUCAUCGAGCUGCUCGGACCGAUUCCUCUGCCCUUCGCUUUGUCUGGCAGGUACUCCAGAGAGUACUUCGACAGGAGAGGUGAGCUGCGUCACAUCUCCAGCUUGAAGCCGUGGGGUCUGUUUGAGGUUCUGUUGGAGAAGUACGAGUGGCCUCUGGACCAGGCGGCUCAGUUCAGCGACUUCCUGUUGACCAUGUUGGAGCUGCAGCCGGAACGCAGAGCGACUGCAGCUCAAUGUCUGCAGCACCCAUGGCUGCUCACAUAGACACUCACUGAUACACACAAUGAACUACACACUGAUGUACACACAGACACUUACUGAUGAGGUUAUAAAUCUGUCAGUUGAUUUCAUGUGAAGAGGGAAGUUAUCGCCUCGACUGAGAUUUAAAUGUUUUAUUUGGUAAGUUAUCCUGACAAUCACUCGAUGGAUCUAUGGAUAUAGCGUCGGGUGUAACUUCCCUUCUUCUGAAAUCAGUUUCUGAAAGUGUUUCUGUUGUAACUGAUUUCCUGAGUUCUGGUUCUGAUCUUUGGUUCUGUGUCUUUGUUUUAGAUUCGACUGAUUUUCUGCCUCAAAGUUUCCAUGUGAAUUCUGCUGUUUGUUGAAUUGUGCCGAGUUUGUAUUUUACAGACGGCCUCUUAUUGUCUAUUGAUCAGAGACUCCCUGAUGAUGAAGACUUUAGAAGGUUUAGAUGAGCACACCGUAGCUUCCGUAGAGCAGCCAACCUUCUCACUGACGGUUGGUAUCGUUUGUAUUGACAGUAUUGAUCCCUGUAGCUCAAACCUCACCUGUUUCUAUGUUCAUGUAAUAAAUAGUGCCUUAAAAUGACCCCGGAACCCCCUCUUCCUGUCAGUGACAUCACCAGACAUUAAUGUUUUAUAUUUCUUUGUUUGGACUAUUUCUUCUUGUGAAAAUAAAGAUGAAAGCUGGUCUGAGAUGUUUGCUUUGACCUCUCACCUCUACCAUGACUUCAGUAUUAAAAUGAUCGUGCAUCACUUGAUGUUGAAGGGGGGGGGGGGCACAUAUCCGUAGUAAAAGGGAAGUCUAGAACCGUAAAUUACAUUUAUAGGACCACAAUAACAAAAAAAAUCCUGUUUUUACCCAUUUUUGAAACAACAGAAGCCGUGAAUGAAACGCUGACAUUUAAUAUACAGCCCUCGUACGAUGUGAUGUCAGUGUGACGUGACGUCAUAAUGUAGGAGUACAGUCAGAUUAUCGAGUGACGUCGCCCAGGACACAGUGAAGUCAACAGGUUUAAUAUAAAAACACGAGUGAGUCGGUGCGAUGAAGCUUUCUCCUUCAGAUCCAGACUGCAGCAGAAGAACACCGGCACUGUGCACACCGUCACACACGGACCCGUCCACAAUGUGCAAUGUCAGCUGAUUCUGAGUUCAACAGUUCAUACUGCGCUACGUGUUCCUCUUCACUUCUUCUUACGCACAACCGUCCACC